AACGAGCGAGAGGAGUCCCAACCGAAAAUCUGGUACUACCAAGAUCGGUAUCAAGAGAGCCCGGCAAAGGAAGUUGAACUUGGGAUGGAUAAUAACGUUUCGUACAGUAGGAUAUACACGACGCCGGAUCUCUCGUUGGUCAUUAAGGAUCUUUCACUUAUCGAUGUGGGUAUUUAUCGAUGUCACGGCAAGGAAGGACAAGAGAAAGAAAAGAAAUAUAAUUACAGAAUCGAACCAAUCCUCAAAGAUAUCGGUCGCGAAUUCGUCGAGGAGGGAAACAUAACUGAAUGGGAGAGAUAUCGCGAGACGUACUUGUGGCCUGUCACUACGCGGUUUGCACUUUCGAGGAUGACGGACCUAGCCGAGAUCCGUGAGGAAGGGGUGACUCUCCAAGUGAUGUCUGAAUGGGCUCCUUGGAGUCCGUGCAAACAAUGCGUAUACGACCGUGGCAUUAAAACCAGCAGGGGCCAUUGCAGACUGAAACGCAGCAUAAAUUCGGCGAGUACAACGAUCGAGAGAAACGACUCGAUCGUUAUACGUUUCUUCGAAAGAUCUCCGAUACUUCCGUGCAAAUCUGCCCUGCUUCAGGAUGAAUUUCCUAGUAUCAGCCGUAUCGUGCGAUAUCUGCCUGAAUUCAAUUUGAGGGAACCUUGCAAGAAAUGCCCGCCCGUGAAAAAGAGAAGAAGAGGCGAGAGAUUCCGAUACGUCAAGCGAUACGUUCUCGCGGAGGGCGCCCACCUCGCUGUUACCUGUCCAGAAUCGAGCACGGUGUCGCGAGUAAUUUGGAAGAAGGAUGCGCUCGCUCUGAAGAAGGGAGCGGGUCGGUCAUUUCGUAAAGCGGACAGAGACGUGCGAGUGAUAGUGGACACUUUCUCCACGCUCUAUUUAAUAGAUGUGUCCAAAGAUGAGCAAGGUAAUUAUACCUGUUACGUAGACAACGUGAAUAUGAUGCGUAUGAAGGUUAUUGUCAUAUCUAAGACGCGACUUCUGACGCAAGCUUUUCUCCGACACUCGGGUUACUUGGGAGUCAUAAUUGUCUUGACUUCGUUCUGCUAUUGCGCGGGUGUAGUAAUGACGUGUCGACAGAGAGAAAAAUUUCAAUCGUUGCCACAGGAUGAGCCACCACAGGACGAAGGGGAAUAAUUUUAAGGCCGAGACGUGAGAUAACCAUCGAAAUUGUACACAAUAAAUGCAGCAAAACUGUGGAAA